CACCACGAGCAGCAGCAGCUACAGCAGCAGCAGCAGCCCCUGCUGUCCGAUCUCCCGGGGUGCGCCUCACCCCCAUCUCUCGCCGCGGGAGGGCUCCGUGCGGCUGCCGAGCGCGACUACAUCCCGGGGUUGGGUCGCUACGAAGCGCAGAUUUUGAAACUGGGGGCCUGCUCGGCACUCCACCACCACCACCAUCAGCACCAUCAGCAGCAGCAGCAGCAGCCUCACCACCACCUGCAACAACAACAACAUCAACAACAACAUCAACAACAACAACAACAACAUCAUCUCGUCCACGUGGAACGCGCCACGGCGGCUCCCGUCGUCCCCUGCGCCAGCGGCGGCGGUUGUCCUGGAGGUGGUGGGCCGGGAACGGGAGGAGACGGAACGCGCAGAGGAGGUGGAGGAGGAGGCGACGUUGUUGCGUUCAACUUGGUUCAACCUUGCUACGCCACUGAGCUCAACACGGAGUUGCUGAUUCCGCGAGCGACGAUGCCGAGCGGAUUGCCGGACCACCACCACCACCACCACCUGCACCACCACCCUCACCAUCAUCAUCCUCACCACCACCACCACCCUCACCAUCACCUCCCUCACCACCACCACCACCACACCGCCGGCAUGUUCAUACCACAGUCAACCGCAUCUCCCGCAUCGCCAUCCCUCUACCACGCUGGCGGCAGCUUCGUCGAAUCGAACCACGGCGCGCAAACGCACUCUCUCUACCCGGGCCUCCACUCGCUGCCCGACGCCUUCUGCCAGGUGAUUCGGCCCGAUCCGUACGGCGUCGGUGGUGGCGGUGGUGGCGGUGGUGGCGGCGGAGCCGUGAGUCUAGGAGCCGGCGCGUUCCUGCGUUACCUGCGCCACCAACCCAUCAAGCAGGAGCUCGUGUGUCGAUGGCUCGAGGCCGAUCGCUACGGAGCUCCGGGUCUCGGUCUCGUCGGAGUCGUCGUCGUCGGCACGCCGUGCGCCAAGACGUUCGGCACCAUGCACGAGCUGGUGGCGCACGUGAGCGUGGAGCACGUGGGUGGUCCCGAGGCGGCACAGCACGUGUGCCGCUGGGAUGAGUGUCCCCGCGAGGGGAAGCCCUUCAAGGCCAAGUACAAGCUGGUGAACCACAUCAGGGUGCACACGGGCGAGAAGCCGUUCCCGUGCCCCUUCCCCGCGUGCGGCAAAGUGUUUGCUCGCUCCGAAAACCUCAAGAUCCACAAGAGGACGCACACAGGAGAGAAACCGUUCCGCUGCGAAUUCAUGGGCUGUGACCGACGUUUCGCGAACAGCAGCGACCGCAAGAAGCACAUGCACGUGCACACGUCCGACAAGCCCUACCUGUGCAAGCUGUGCGACAAGUCGUACACGCACCCCAGCUCGCUGCGCAAGCACAUGAAGGCACACAGUGCCAAGUCGCCAGCAACCUCGAGUCGCCCCGAGUCGCCCUCUCCGAGCCACCAGAUCCAGCAUCAACAACCGCAACAACAACAGCAGCAGCCGCCGCCAUCGUCGUCGUCAUCAUCGUCGUCCACCUCCUCCUCCUUCUCGCCGCCGCGCACGGCUACAAAUCUGGCCGAGUGGUACGUGUGUCAAAGCGGCGGUGGAGGUGGCGGUGGAGUCGGCGGCGGUGGAGGCGGUGGAAGGGUUAAGGGGUGGACACGGUGAUUCGCCCGACACGCGCUCCCCUCGUCCCGGUGAACUCCACGAGUUGCAGGUUCACAGUGACCACGUCCGCCGCAGAACUCGUCACUCGUCGCGACCUCCACCGCCCCCGGCUCCACCUCCUCCACCUCCUCCCCCAACUCUGCGCUCCGCUCCGCGUGCUCAACGCGCACGCUGAACUGUGUUCUAAAUGUAGACUUCUAGCACCCUCAGUCUCUUGCCGCCACCCCCCCCCCCCUGCCUCGCCACCCCUUCUCCCUAAAGGGGAGAUUGCGAAAACCCGAGGCACAGUGGGGGGCUCCCUUUGGUGCUCACUCAGACGCGAGCGACGGCCUUUGUGCGACGCUCGCUCCGAACGGAUUAAGCGACAAUGGUCGUUAAGCCAAAGGCGGGGAUCGAGCACGUGGGACACGUCACAUUGCCUUUAUGUGCACACGUCACACACACGUCACACACGCACACACACACACGUCACACACACGUCACACACACACGCACACGUCACACACACGUCACACACACGUCACACGCGCACACACGUCACACACACGUCACACGCGCACACAGACGUCACACACACGUCACACACACACGUCACACACACGUCACACGCGCGCACACGUCACACACACGUCACACACGCACACGUCACAUGCACACACACACGUCACACACACGUCACACAGACACUCACACGCACUCACACGUCACACACACGUCACACAGACGUGUCACACACACACACGUCACACAGACGCUCACACGUCACACACACGUCACACAGACGUCACAGACGCGUCACAGACACGUCGCACACUCGUCAUGCAUACGUCACGUUCACGUCACGCACACGUCACACACUCGUCAUGCAUACGUCACCGACACGUCAGCCACGUCAGUUACACGCGGCACACGCACGUCACGCAUGUCGCAGACGCCACACACACACGUGACACUCGUCACACGAAUCAUCGCCAUCGAAAUCCACAUUCUCGCCGACGCACCGAAAAGUAAGACGCACCUACCCCACCC